AUGGCUCCUAUGCACCCCCAACCGGCUGAUGAAGAAGCGGCGCCAACCACGGAGUGCCGCUUUAGCGCAACCUCGCCUCUAACACGACUGAGAGGCGUUCUACCUGCUGCCCUGAAUCGAUCCGCGAGUCCCAGUCCUCGUCCCCUCCCCACAACCUCCACACACCGCCGUCGUGCAUCCAGUAUCGGGGCCUCUCUCGAUCAGGAUGAAUACCUCUCCGAGAAGAUCACCGAGCGGCAGGAGAGGGGAACGGGUCUUCAGGACACAAUCGCAAAGAAGGAGACAGUACUGUACCUUGCGUACGGCUCUAAUCUCGCCUCCAAGACCUUCCGCGGAGUACGGAACAUCAAGCCGCUCUCCCAAAUUGCUGUCCUCGUGCCAGAGCUCCGGUUGACGUUCGACCUCCCUGGAAUCCCAUAUGCCGAACCCUGUUUCGCGGGAACGCAAUACCGAAAUCCGAAUAAUGAGGAGGAGCAGGGCAGAGAGUCGGCAGAUGAUGACUCGCUCAUGGAUGGGAUAUACAUGUCAGAGAAGGAGCCGCUCAUGGUGGAGACGCGAGAAGUACAAAGUACGGAUCUCCACGGGCACCGAUGGCACAAGCCUCUAGUCGGCGUCGUCUACGAGGUGACUCUGGCCGACUAUGCGAUCAUCAUUGCUACUGAGGGAGGUGGUCGUGGCUAUCGUGAUGUCGUAGUUGACUGCCACGCUUUCUCAGAGUCCUACAAGCCCACGGACCCAGUACCGAAUUACCCCGAUACCCCGCCCUUCAAAGCCCAUACGCUCCUCUCGCCAGCUGCAGAUGAAGCCUUGAAGAUGAAACAUGCGAUCAAAAGCGACCAUUCGCCCGCAAUGCAUACUGUGCGCCCUACGACCUGGUGUUUGGGAGAUAUUGGUCCGCACCUGCGUCCGGAUGGUGAAUACGCACAGCCCUCUGCACGCUAUCUCAACCUCCUCAUGACCGGCGCCGCCGAACAUGAGCUCCCAGUAUCAUACCAAGAAUACCUCUCUCAGAUCCGACCCUACCGAAUCACCAAGACGCGUCAGAAGAUUGGGAAAGGCGUCUUCCUUGUUCUGUGGGCACCGCCUAUUCUCUCCCUUCUGGCCCUGGGUAAGAUAUUCGCUGGCCCAGAUGGACGCAGUCCUCCGUGGUUGGUGACUUUGGGUAAUGUGAUUUUCGCCGCGAUGUGGAACAGCUAUGAUACUGUCUUCAAGCCGGUAUUUGGAGAUGGCGAACGAACUUUGGAUGAUACCCCACCUCUAUAG